GUUUUUUUUGGUGGGUUUUCUUGAUUGGGUAGGGAGAUGAGUAAGAACUACGACAACUGGGAGAGGCUGGUGGCGGCGGUGCUUCUCCGGGAGAAGCUCCGGCAGCUUGCUAUGGUGGAGUCAAGGGAUGCCAGCACCAUUAGCUCCCGAUCAUCUAGUUUUAAUUCUUCUCUGUACUUUCCUGUUCAUAAUAUAAAUGGCCGCCGCCACCACCACCAAUUAAGCUUCGAUGAGGCGGCGGCGAUGAACGGUUUCAGGCGGGACAGCUUUAGGCUCAUGGAUAAUGAUGAUCAAGAAACCAAUUUCAGACCAGCAGAACAGAAUUUUUCCUUCGACGAAAAGACCGGAAAAAAAUGUUACAUGAUGGGAGCAAGGGAUCUCAAUAUUUCACACGGAAACAGCUCACAGAAUUGGAAAUGGAGAUUUGAUGCCGAUUCCAGAUUUGCGGAGGUGGCUGAGCUCGAUUCAGUAUGGAGGCUCGAUAUCCGAGCAAAGAUUAGAACGAAAAUUCUGCAGCCGAGGAAUGUUUAUGCAGCAUAUCUAGUCUUCAAGAUAGGAGAGAGAUCCGAGGGCAUUGAAUCGGCCAAGGCGAUGAUCCGAUUCGUGAACGACGAGUCUGACGAAGAAGCUGCGAAGCGGGCUCAAGUCGUGCAUUUUCACCCCGGGCCAAAAAGUACUACUACUACUAAGUGGGGAGUUGCGGUGGAGAGAGUUGGCGGAUGGAUGGAGGUCGAAAUCGGAAACUUCUAUAUUAGCAAAGGGGAUGGCGGCGAUGGGGAGGUGGAGGUGCGUCUGCUGGAUAUCCGCAGGCGGAAAAUGGGCCUCAUUGUUGAAGGCGUUGAGUUCCGACCUACGGAUAGGUAUUCGGAGACUCCACUUAUUUCCAAGCAAUUUUUGUUGACGAGGGUAUUGGGAUGAUAAAACGCAAGUGCGUGCGGAAAAUUGGAAGGGUUCGUCAUAUAUUCGAAUUGUCAUCUAAGUUUUGUAAAUUGAUUUUUUGCCAUUCAAAUAACUUAUAGUUUCAACCAUUUUACCUCAUAAGUAGUUACAUUUGAGAUCUAUAUUUACUUUCUCUUUUACCUUCAACUUAUGACGAGCAUUGUAAACUGUCUGAUCCAGUACACAAUCCAGUACACAGUUAUGUUUGUUUGAUUCAUUUACUUUAGGAAUAUUUAUUCCAAAAUU